AUGAACGUCAAGCCGCACAAACAGUCCAUGUCCGAGCUCAAGCUGCGCAGGCUCACCGAGCACAACCAGCGCCUCAAGGAGGAUCUCGAACGUCCACGCAUCCGUGUCUCGGAAGCCAGCCAAAGUCUGAUCAACUACUGCAAGGGCACGCGCGAUUACCUCGUGCCCUCCGUGUGGGGACCUGUUAGCAAGGGCGAGGACCCGUAUGCGCCCGCGGGCGGAGGAUGCAAUUGCACCGCCAUCAAUCGAGGAUUCUUCGGUUCGGCAAGGCUGGAAACGCAUCGCAAGACACAUGGCUCGGUCAUGACGAUCACCAACCCGUGGUCGUGGCGUCGGCUCGCGGAUGCGUGGAACCAAUCCGCCUCGGCGCCUGCUGUGGUCAAGCCGCGCGCGCGCAGAGUGCAGCAUAUCGAGACCAUCGGCGGCGGCGCAACGCCCACAGCCGUGCCUCUGGUGGCAAGGUUGCCCACCGAGCUGGUGGUGCAUAUCGUGCUGAUUGCCGCCGACGCUGCGUCUUCCCGGCAGCGUUUGGAGCUGGCACGUGUCAGUCGGGCUUGUCACCGCGCCAUCCUAUCGACGCUCCUCCUUCCCAACGUGCGUCUGUAUGCAGACCAGCUUCGAGCAUUUGCGAUCGCGCUCGACAAGAACCGGCUCGGCAUCCGAGAGCUGGCGCGAACACGCGUGCGCAGGCUCACAGUGCGAACCGGCAAGGUCGAGGGGCUGUUCGAUGCAUCGCAGGCGCAGGUGCGGUUCGAACGGCACAUGCUACCCUUCCUGCGUCUAGCCCUGGGCUACCUUGACGGAGUGCAAGGGCUGGUGGUGCAGGGAGUGCCGAAACAGCUCGAGCUAAGCGGACUGCGCGAGAUGGCGUGCAUCAUGGGGCAUUGGGGCGGUGAUGUCCAGCGCGGCUUUUGGCAGCCCCAAAGCUGGACCGAGCUGAAAGACUUGCAGCUGCAUGGACCGCAUUUCAGACUGACGCCACAGACAGCAGCGACGAUGGCAGCACUUCCCGCGCUCAGGAGGAUUGCACUCGUGGUACCGGCGAUUGUCCCGCAGGCGUCGGAUGUGGAAGGACUCCAAGUGGCGGGGCGGAUCAACCCACUCCAGGUGCUACUGGAUCGAUGCACGUCGUUGGAGGUGCUGCUGCUCGUAGCACAUGCGGAACGGGACUACGUCGGGUAUGCAGAGAGGUAUCGCGCCUGGUUGCGGACAUUGCGCAAGUCAGCGGCGCCACAAGCAACGAUCCAGAUGGUCACCGUAUUCCGCACCGAGGCAGCGGCGGGCAGAAUGCAUCCGUGCGAGGUGAGCGACUGGAUGAUGCACCGCGCUAAACACGGACAACACUGGUUCGACACCGAGUCGACACACCCCGAUGAGGCGCUCGAAUACGUGCUCGAGAGCUUCGAGCCGGCCACGCCGGCAUCAUCAUUGCCGACCAGCACCACGGGUGGAUCGACGCCAUUUGGGGUAGCAACUCCACAUUCCCGGCGACAAGAGGACCCCAUAGACCCAGCAGAGCUGCUCGCCGACGAUAGCGACGACAGCUAG